GUCAGGGAGACCACGAUCAACGGAGCCAGCGAGAGAAGAAGACGGGGAGUCAGAGAGAAUUACAAGAGGACGCUUGGUGAAAGAAGCCUCUUAAAUCUGGGAGCUGGAAUUAGAGCCGCAGAAACUGCAGAGGGGAAGCCACAAAACCACAGUAAGUAAUUUAGGAGCCCAUAGCUGGAAAAACGUAUAAUAAAGCCAUGGGCGGGGGGAGGAGUUUGUGGUUUUGGGAGUGCUUUAUAUACUGUACCUUAAUGAAUUGAUUUCCUGCAUGUAAUACUCUCUCAUUUCAUCAUUCUCCAUGACUUCAUAUCCCUCCUUAUUCCUCACCUCUUAAAAAAACACAACUUGCUUUUCUUUUUUUUUUUGGCAUAACCCUUACUGCUGUUACUUUGCUACUCUUCCUGACAUCCCGUACUUGUAUGACUCCCAGUCCCCCUUUUAUUUUCCACAUCUGUGACUCCACAGGUAAAGAUGCCGGCUAAUGGGAACCAUCCCCUGAAGUUACAGUUCGGUCUUAUCAACCAUGAGGGACGCUACCUCACUGCAGAGAACUUCAGCUUCAAGGUACAAACCAGAGCUCAUGAUAAUUGGAUCUAACAACCAUGUUUACCGAAGUCAAUCGCAUACACCCUGAAAGAUCGCCCUACCUUGAGUGACAGUGUAUAACUUUGCCCCAAAAUUACGCCUCUAUGACCUUUACAUUGACAGUGAGGCCCUAUCUUAAACAAUUUCUAAACAAAGGGCUACUGAUGAGCUUCUCAUGGGUCACACUUCAGUCUGCUUGUCAUUUUAAGUAAUAAAAUGCAUAAAUACGACAAUGUAUAGUGAAUGGGUGGUUAUGCAAUUUGGAAUCGCAAGAGGCUCAGGAGGACUCCAAUGCAAACCACAGGAGUUUUGUCUCACCCUGUACCAUGUUGUAUGCACAUCCUGGUCAAAUGCAUGUUUGCCUAUUUGUUGAAUGACAUUGCAAAUGUCUCCUGCCAAUGACAUAAAAAUUAAAGGGCAGAAUAGAUCAGACUGCAGGGUAGAUCUGCAUAAAGACUGCCAAACAACUUGGAAGACAGCCACCACUGAUUCUCACUUCAUCCUCAAUGCAUCUCCUUUGCAGAUACACCUCUGUUAAAGGUUAUCCACUCCUAUCAUUCAGGAUAACGCUCAGUUGCAGGUGUAGGGUUACCCAGCGUUGCAUCCUUGUAGAAAGUAACCACAGACUUCACUUUGGUUUGAUUGGUUUCACAGUGUUGGUUUGAACAUUUCCUUUCCCCUCAGGUGAAUGCAUCAGCCCCCAGUCUGAAGAAGAAGCAGAUAUGGACUCUAGAGCAGGACUCUCAAGAUAUACAGGUGGUCUACUUGCGCAGCCACCUGGGACGCUACUUGGCCUCCGACAAGGACGGCAAAGUAACCUGCGAGGCUGAUGGGCACAACUCUGACUGUCGAUUCCUCAUCGUGGCUCAGUCCGAUGGUCGCUGGGCCCUCCAGUCUGAGCAGCAUCUACGCUUCUUUGGUGGCUCUAGGGACUACCUGUCCUGCUUUGCCCAGGUUAUCACAAAUGCAGAGCUGUGGGCGAUGCAUCUGGCGCUGCAUCCCCAGGCCAACCUGCUGUCUGUGGCCCGCAGGCGAUACGCCCACCUUUCUAUGGAGGAUGGGGAGAUUGCAGUAGAUGUGAACAUUCCCUGGGGCGUGGCAGCACUCUUGACUCUUGUCUACAUGGAUGGAAAGUACUGCCUCAAGACCUGUGACGGCCGCUUCCUCAGUAAUGAUGGGAAGCUCUUGACACAGAGUGGGAGAGCCACGGCAUACACACUGGAGUUGAAGUGUGGAAAGCUCGCCUUUAAAGACUGUGAGGGGAAGUACUUGUCUCCAAUGGGGCCUACGGGUACCCUGAGAUCUGGACGGUGCUCCAAGCCGGGCAAAGAUGAACUGUUUGACUUGGAGGAGAGCCAUCCACAAGUGGUUCUGAUGGCAGCCAAUGGACGAUAUGUCUCCAUAAGACAAGGUAGGAAAUCGUGGACUUCUAAGUAGACUUGAGUGUCAUAUAUCUGAAAUCUUGCAUGUAUAUACCAACUUGAAAAUACAUUGGUUCUCUGAAGUCCAAUGCAGGAUCCCUAAUGACCAAUUACAUGGAGUAACACUGACCUUAUGUGAUGCCUAGGGCAGUCACACAAGCCUCAAGCUAACUCACACUGACCUACACACAUACAUAGUAAAGCAGAGGGGCAACAACCACCACCAGUGCUACAGUAACUACUACCUCUGAGCAUGCUGUGCAUUGAUACACCCUUGAAAACUGAGCUUACAAUUCACAGGAAGAACACUAACUCAGGGAUAUGCUGAGUAUGCAAGGUUGAGGUAAUAAGCUGCCUUCCUGUGAUUGACAGCUGAUAAGGGAUGCAUGGUAAUUAUGGGUAAUGUAGUCUGCUCAUCAACAUGCAUCAGUAUCACAAGGGAUAGCAGCAUCUUUCCAGGAAAACAAGAUAGAUGAGGCUGAUAGGGGAGACUAUCAGCCUCAUCUGGGAAAACUGAGACGAAUACGUCAUUUGUUUUAGGGUUGCAAUUGAUUUAGGUCAGUCCACUCUUGGUAUUAAGUCUUACAUUAGUGAGAGCGGUGGUUCAAUAACAGAUUAAUUGAGCACCUAUUUUGGGAAAAGACAAGAGAGCAGAUUUUCCAACAACAAUUUACAAUGAGUUCAUAAUUGCACUGUUGCGCUCAAGAAAGCUGUUGCUGAGAAGAUUUUGGACUUGUGAAAAGAGAGAUAUUGUCUUUGUAACACACCGCAGUCAAGACAAAAACUUUAACUAAAAUAUCAAAUCCAAACGAUACAAUGCAGGAGCAUGGUUCCUGUGAUGAUACCACUUGGUUUCUAAAGAGGUGUUUUGAAGCCCAGUGAUGUGAGAUGUGAAGAGAUAAUGUUGUUAUCAAAAAUUGCAAUGAUAGAGGUUCGCCAAUAACCAUUUCUUUUGAAAAAAAAAAUGAUGAGCUGAAAAUGCUGCUCUGACAUUAAAAACUCUGACGAUAUGUUUGGUGAGAAAGGCAAAGACAAAAAACGUCAGAGGUGGACCAUCAGACAUUCAAAAUCCAUGAUAUAUUACCCACUAUGUUGAGCACAGGCAAUUAUUUCCUGUUACAGGUUGAAUAAGUUGAUAGGUGCAGCCUUAAUUUUGUUCCUUAAAAUGUGCUGUGAGUUUACAUACUCACUUCCUCCAUUCAUUCUUCUCACUGUCAUUGAUGACUGUCACUUAGUGCAUGUUAGUGACAUGUCGGGAAACAUUUGCCUUUUGUAGAUUUUUUUCUGCUUAUCGAUUUAUUAGGUACAAAUCAAAGCCUAAAUUUAUCCUAUUAUGACAACAUGUUUGAGAGAACUUCUCAUAAGAAGCUUCAUAGUUUUGAUCGACUAUAAAUCAUCAAAGAUCAUGGGACAGUUCAGAGUAACAUAAAGGCAUGCCAGUUGCCACUACCAUGGUUAAGGACACUUGUAAAGUGCAUUUUUAUUAUCAACACAUACGUUCAUUGCAAAUUUAAAGAUACAGAAAAAAUAUAUAGCUAUCACUGUGGAGUAAGAUUAAUUUUUCUCUCUUACCACUUAAAUCUGCAUGUAAAACACUUUCUUUACCCUAGUAGAUCAGCAAGGACAGCACAACAGCAUGCACCAUGGAAACGUCCUUGCUUGAUUACUGAGCAAAGACAAGGAAUCCAGUAUUAUAACUGCAACUACAAGUGUUAGGAAAAAUAAUAUGUUGCUUUUUGUGGACUUCCAUCCACUAAAACUAGACCAAAACCUCAAAGGACAGAAAAGACUAAAAGGACUAAAACCAAUAAAGCAUUUUCUUUUUUUCUUUUUUUUUCAAAUCUAAAAUACCUGCCAGAGUUAACACUGGACUGGUCACAUACUGGAAAUGAUGACUCAGCCUAACUUUAGCUCAACAUACUGUAACAGGACUGCUGGGGAUUCUUUGGGUCUUAGAGUCAGCCUCAAGUGGGCACUCAAGGAACAGCAGUUUUUCUUACUUCCAUAUUUACCUCAUUUUCCAACACUGGGGGUUGGUGCUUGAUCCAAAUGUUCCUCAGCGGUUGCUGGGUAAUGGUUGUAAACCCACUAAACUUGUGCUCAUUGUGUUUGCUGAUACAGCUGCUCGUCAGCUAUAUUGUUGUGUUGUUACUGUAUUAUGUAUUUAUUCUUAAGUCUUUUGACUCAGCAGCUGGGGUGGGUUAUUUGAUCAGCAUGCAGCUGUAAAACCAGACCUCUAUGCAGAUGGAUUACACCUAAUGCAUGUCUAAUUCAAAGUGGUUUUUCUUAACAACAACAAAAAAGGAAAGAAAAUUAUUCAGUAAGUUUAAAAUCAAAGGAUCGUGAUCAUGUUUCAUCCAAUCAGAGGCUCACUAAAAGUAAGAAGACUUGCUAAGUGUUCAGUUACUGAUGGUUGUAUUGGUUGCUGGUGUGAUUUGAAACUGAAUUUGGGAUGGAUUAGCAUACACCAACAAUGCUUGUCAGCAUCCUUGGCCAUGACAUCCAUCUACAGGCUGCAGAUUCUUGUCUGCAGGGUUGAGUUACUCCAGCCCUGGGUGCUGUAACUGUAUAUCUCCCUAUCUCUCUUUGUCCCUGGUUAGCUGUGGGAGCAGAAACCAAACCAAAUGGAGCUCUCUAAACGGAUUGGUUUAAGAGGAACCAGAAGCCUCUUAUACUAACAAACAGACAGAAAUAUGCGAAGCUAAGCAUGCUUACACUUUUCUCUUUCUGCUCAUCCCUCUUAUCCUCGACUUUUGAUCUACACCAACAGAAGCUUAAUCUCUUUCCACCACAUUCGCCUACACACAAAACCACUCCAUCCUGCUGUGGCGAAUAGUGAGGUAGUGUUCUGAAUUAUUGAUGAAGUUGGCCCCUGUUCCUGGAAGGCAAGGGGGGGAGUCUGCUUUCAGAAACCCAAGCUGGAUCUCACCUGGGGCCAAAGCUUCUGCCCCUCGAGUCCUGCCCUGGCCCGCUAAUCUAACCCGCUCACCCACAUCAGUCAGUGCUGAGAUGUUGUUGUGUUCAGCUAAGUAUGACACAGCAGAGGGGUCGGGUUACGACACAUGAUAAGAUAUUUUACCACAUUUUUUAAAUUGUAUUUUUUGUGCAUCUCUGGCAUUUUAGUUUGAAAUAACUAAAUCGAGCAUGUCAGAAAAUUCGCAAACAUUUAAGCAUGUAUUCACACCAAAAUCCGCUGAGCAAUGAUCAAGUUUGUCUUUCCAGGACAGCCUUGUUAAAUGGCCGUAACUGAACUUUCCUUGUUUUCCUAUUAUUUAAUAAUUUGCUCAUGUUGUUGCAUGUGAUAGAAAACUUGAAAUAAGUGGCAUGAAAUGAGUUGAAAAAUCACAUUUCACUUUGCAAGAUUUAUUCAGAUAUAUGUUAAAGCUUAAGAUUGAACUUUGUAGUUUAAGGUCAAGAAAAGUUGCAAAAUACAAACAUAGGAGUACCUCAAAACUCUUCAGUACCUUGGUGCAUUAAUUUUGGAAGCUCCCACCUCUUAGUUUGACAUAAUGAUUUAAGAAGAAUAAAAAGAAGAAAACAAAGCAGCUCCCAAAGGGUUUUAGGGCAACAUGAGUGUGUAGAGACAGGUGGGCUCUUUAUCCUCCCUAAUAUCUCCUGUCUUUUCACAUAAAUUAGCACCUUUGUCUCCGUUCCAUUUACAGCAAAGGGGUUGUGUUUGCAAUCUAUUUUAAAGAGAGUCCAAAUAAAGAAAAUGGGUCAGUGGUAAAAGAGGGUCGACUGUUAUGAGGUGGAGCAUGAAUGUCAAUAAAAGAAGCGUUAAAUAGAGGUUUUGUGGACAGCAGUGGGAGGCAGUAUACUCUGUUUGCACUUGGAUGUUCAUAAUUGACUGCUGAGUGUAUGCAUGUGUGUUUUCAGUUUGUGUGUCUCAGCAUGACAGGGAGAUCUGUCAUCAUGUCUCUCAUCCCCUCCUAGUGUUCUCAAGUCUCAGGUCUAAGUGGUCCACUCAGACCUGAGGUUGAAAGAGUGAUGAUGGGUCACUUUCCAUUAACAGGCAUAAUCGGGAGCCCAUCACUGACUGUAUACAAGUAGAGACAGCAUGCAUUUAACUAUUCCCCAUUGCAAAAGAGUGACGCCAAAAUGCUGCAUUGGUGGACGCUAAAAUAUUAAACUGGCAACAUUUUGAAGCCAAGGCAUGUGCAGAAGCAUCCAGCUCAUGAAGCUGUGGGAUUGAUAUAACCUGACAGCAUGAAAUUACAGAGAAAAUAUCCUUUUGUUUUUAACAGACACCCCACCUGACACACAUUUCCCCCUUGGUCCAUCUCAGGAGCAGCACCAGGAGUUUAAUUUGGCUAGACUUCAUAAGAGCUGCUUAAGAUCUCUCCCAGAUUUCUUUUAAUCUGGCUUGAUGAUCUAUUAUUUUUCUAUGAAGUUUGCAGAGAGGAAGAAUGUCACUUAUGAGUAAUUCACUUUUAGUUUGGAAGAGAGCAAGGCUCUACAAGGACAUAAAUCAUUUAAUAGUUGACUACAACGUCCUCUUCUCCAUCAUCAGAACUGUGUGUUCCACAUGGAUCCAUCUGUUGCAGCGCAGAGUAACAUAAUGUCCCGGCCUUUUUGACAGGGGUGGUUAAACUGGGGCACUGACUUAUGCAGGGGUAGCAUGAAGGAUGUGAGCAAACACACAGAAAAUUUGCAAAUUAUUUUGGAUUUGUGUCAUAAAACAAGCCGUAUAGUUCAUUUAACAUAAGUUCUGUCUGGUGUUUUGAGUUUUUUCUGCACAACAUCCACUGGGAAGUCUUUCCUUCCAAAGAAACCCACAUCACAAAUACCCAAACUUAAUCAUCAACUAAAACUAAUAGUUCCCAAAAAAUAAAAACUAGAAUGAAAAACAAUGAAAAAUUAUUGAAACUAAACUGUAAAUGAAAAGAAAAACCCUAAAAACCCCGCCUUCCUUCUGUUUGUACCUUCUGGGGAAUACUACAGGAGCUGCAUUUGUUAACAGAGCUGUCAAUCAUGAUGUCAUAUCCUCGCUUUUUAAGCACAAAUAACUUAUUGAACCCAAACUUCUCUGAAAAAUUAACAGUCCAUGAGCUCUAAAAUUUUAGCUUCACUUAAGGGAAACUCUUGUGCUGUUUUUGUUUUUAUACGACCUAUUGUGAACAUAUACACUAUAUACUGAAUGUAUAACGCAUGCGCGCAAAGACACACACCUAAAGCUCAGGAACAAAUGAGAUGUAAGACAGUUAUUGCACUGUAAACAUUAACAGAGCUAAAAGAUGAAGGUUCAGUAGGAGAAGGGAAAUAAGGAACAGGGGGAAUGAGGCAUCAGCUUACCAUUAAUAAUAGAUGUCAAAGCCAUCUAUCGCUGAUGGAUUAGUUAGGACUGCUCCACUUGCAAACUGCAGGUAGAACAGCACGAGAAAGUAGAGCUGGAUCCGGGGUCUAAUCCAAACUGUGGUGCUGCUAACUCUACCCCUGUGUGUCCGGUGUGUGUCUCUAUUCCCAUGACAUCAUCUCAUCUGCUUGACCAACUGCUGUGUCAAAGAUGGUCGUCAAUGCAGCUAUUGAUAUCCUCAGAUUGCUGGUUUGGAUUUCAGCAUGUCUAAUCUCUUCUUCUCUGUUUCCUUCUCUCCCUCCCUCCAUCCUUUAUUCCCUCUUCUCAUCUAUCAGACUGUGGCUGUGAGGUCCCAGCUGAGCCUGUCGCUGGAUCAUUUCUGGGUUGAAUUAGUGUGAAAUGGACACAUAGAAUAGGUAGACAAAGCAUGACAUUGAGUUGAGAUGAGAGGGAAUGAGAGUGAUGGGCCCCCAGGCGUAGUUGCAGAGUAGAGGGGGCAGAAAUUUAUGCUUGAAAUACACUCAAGAUCAAUGAUAAUUCAACCAGUAGUAAGACCUCAUGGUAGCUCGUUUAUCAGGUGUGAAUAAGAUGUGAUUAAAGUGUUGCGGCAGCUUAGAAACCAUGACAUCUUUGUCACAAAUCAUCCUUUUCUCCCUCUUCAAAGCCACGUCUACGCUUGAAUAUCAAAUUGAGACAAAAGGCACAAAGGCAAACUUUAAACACAUUUUAUUUUCAUUGUUUCUGAGAUAGGGAUGAACUACUGGACUGAAAGAUGAAGUUGAUGAAACCUCAAGUUAUUACAGUACCGUCAGCUAACACUUAUCACUUUGACACUAACUUCAUAUCAUUUUGCUUUGGACUAGAUUAGCACGAUGGCUCUUGGGUUAGCAAAGGUGGUGUGGUGAUCGGCUGCUGUGGAAUAUUGCAGCUCAGACUGCAAAUCCUUGCUGCACAGACUCUGGCCUCAUAUUGCAUCAGCUUUGUCCCAAUUCAGGCGUAGCAGGAGACAGGAUUCGAGGACUACCAUCUUUGAAUUUUUGGUUACAUUUUUGAGACACCUAAUCACAGCAGUCAGUUGUUCAAUGGACUUUCUGUGUACACUCACCAUUUCUAUUAUAUCUCGUCUGUUACAUACAGAGGCUCGGGUUUCCAAGAGUUAUAAUACUGUGGUUAUAGGAUGAUUAUUCAUGAGGGGGUUGAAGUUUCCAGACUUACUAACUUUCUAGCUAAAUAGGCUUUGAGUGUAUGAAUACAAAGUAUUCUAUAAAUAUGGAUUAUACUACCUCAUGGGAUAAUUUGGGUGGUUUCAGGUAUAUUAAAAAUAAAGUUAGUUGGCAUUUAGACUUUCGUUGUUCAGUAUCUUUUCCAUAUGUUGGAAUAAUAAUGGGCCCAUGAGCUUUAGGGUUGACUGUGGUUAGUAAUUACCCAAACGUCCUGCUAAGUGUGGACCAUAAAAUCUUCCGCUCUCUUCCUGUUCCUCCUUUAUUCUUUUAUUGAGGGGUUAGAGGGAUUGGAUGGGCAGCGCUAGAAAGCUGAUUAUAUCAGAGUCCUGCUGUGAGGAGGGCAGAUAGGCAGGUCUUGUGAUGGUGGGCUAUACAGGGAAAGAAGGGGCUUGGGAGCACAGAUUUGGGCUGUUAAAGGAUAAAGAAAAUGUAUCAGGGAUAUUAAGGGAUUGUUCUUAUUUGGGAUUAAGCUUUCUGCAAUCUGUCUCUAAGCAGUGACGACAACUGUUUUCUUCUGUGCCAAUAUUUAUGAUAAUGCCACAGCUUGAUAAUAUUACAGCAGCAAUUUGCUUUACAAAUUGCAAAUUUAAUAGUGACUUGCUUUCUCUUAAGGUUUCAGUAUGUGUUUGUUCAAUGUUGGACACAUUAUAGAAAUACUUUUCAACUUUUGAUCAUAGACUUCAUGGUAACUACAGAGGCACCGGUUCAGUUCAGUCAUACAGGGGCUAUAGUCAUCAUUCUUUCUGAGACUUAUGGCAUCCAUUUGGAUUUACUGUUUAUGGCGUUCACUUGUUAGAUGUUUACUAAAGUUCAUUUAUAUUAUCAUCCCUCUAUGAAUGCAUCCAAAACCCCAAUCAGUUAAGAUGCCUCUUCCCUCAGGAUAGCUGGAGCUCGAUGGCAAAUCACUUGAUGACUGGAUCUUCCAGAACAAACGUGACAAGAUAUGAUUACAGACUCUUUCAUGCUGAGCCAAGCUAAACAACCUGAUUAGAAAGCUGCUAUGUUACUGUUUCUCCUGACUAUUUAGUGAGGGGUCAAAGGGGGGUUUGCGGAGGAAUUUGUUUAUUUCAUGCUGAAAUCCCUUAAGCUACAUCUUUUGGUACUCGUGAAAGUUUAUUGUUAAACCCCAUAACCUCGCCCUGCAUGUGUUCAUGUCUGUCUGUCAAUUUUUGUGAUGUUUGACAGUUUAUGCAAAUUUGAUAAACAGAUCUCCUCCUGAGACUUAUAGCCAAGGUUAAAUCUUAUCUGCUUCUAACUGACUUUAAAACAUCAAGGUUGUUUUGGUCAGUUGUAUCUGUGGCACGUCCAGCUUGUGCAAACUGCUGCUGCAUUGGCUGAGUGGGAAGAAAACAUAUGACAACAUUACAUGGACUUAAAUCUUCAUGCAUUGGUUAAAGAUCUAUUUCAGGACUGAGGACGUAAUGAGGAUUUUAAAGGGUUUAAAAGGAUUUUCACCCUCUUAUCUUGUUGAUUUCUUGCACCAUCACACUCUGUCAGUUCAAGCUGACAUUGAUUCAUCAUUUCUAUUCUAUAUUUUAUAUCGUCUUGCGGGUCUUUUAAUGUACACUGAAUUAUUUUAACUCAGCUUUUCAAUUUUAAGUCUUAUUUUCAUGUAUUGUUGUAUAUGUUGAGGCUCUCAGUCUUGAAUUGGAACUUGAUUUCAUUUUUGGUUGUCUCCUUUAGUUGAACAACACCUCAAAGUUCAGUUUAAAUAUGUUUUAACCUUAUAAUAAAUUUGACUUGACUAAUAAACUUGAUUUGACUAAGACUUAGUUGUUGCUACUCAAACAUACUGUGUGCUUUUGAACUGCUAUUGUAAUUGUAAAAUUAAAACAAAAAUUGAUGAACUUUUCCAAGGUUUUCAUACUUAAGUAUUGAUAACAGGAUGUGCUUUCUCUGCCCCUCCUAGGCGUCAGCCUUGCAGCCAAUCAGGAUGAUGAGACAGACAUGGAGACGUUUCAGAUGGAGAUUGACAAAGAAACCAGGAAGUGUACAUUUCGCAGUAGCCAGGGGAACUACUGGGCACUGGUAGCCCAUGGAGGCAUCCAGAGCACGGCUACUGAAGUGUGAGUGCUGGUCAUGGAGAAUUAAAGAUUUUACACAUUGCACAUUUAAUAUAACAUAAAAGAGUGUACAGAAGGUGCUUUUAUGCAGUUUUUAGUAUUUACCUGUUAAUACCUCACUAUCAAAGCAUUAAUGUCCCUGUGUUAUUUGAAUUCAACCGUCUUCUAACCCAUAGAAAACCUUAUAGAAAAAAAAUCAUGGUAAUAUUUAUAUUUAGGAUAUUGCAUCAGGCCAAGACCUGAGAUUCAUCAAAAAAGGAACAUAUGAAAUUGAAAUGAGUAGCUACUUACAUUUAUUAGACUGCAAGUUACAUGAAAAAACUGAAUUCAACAGUCUUAGCAUUUAAAGGCGAAGAAAGUGUAAUUUACUUUUCUUUUUUUUUUGGUCAACUGCAGGUCAGCAAACACCAUGUUUGCAGUGGAGUGGCUCGGCCACAAGGUGGCAAUAAAAGCUAACAACGGGAAAUACAUCUGCACUAAAAAGAAUGGCCAGCUGCUUGCUGUCAGUGAUUCAGUUGGUGAGAGACUUUUAAAGGUUUUCUUCUCUUUCAUCCUCUCUCUGCACUAAUGUACCUCCUCAAUCAAAACCUGCAUCCCUUGUGUUUCCAUCCUCCGUCUGUCACCUCUCAUCAGGUGAGGAUGAACAGCUCACUUUGAAACUGAUCAACAGACCCAUGUUGAUCCUCAGAGGACAGAAUGGAUUCAUUUGCCACCACAAGAACUCCAACACGCUGGACGCCAGCAGAUCAGUCUAUGACAUUUUCAAUCUGCAGUUCAGUAACGGGUUCUACCACAUUAAAGGUUGGGAUGUUUUCUCACAAACAUGAUUGAUUAAACCCUGAUCUUCUUCUUUGUUUGGCUGAUAAAUCAUGUUUAUCAUUAGAGGAAUCAAGUGCAAAAUCAAAAGGAAGCAAAUCCCUGAAACUCUAAAUUCAGUUGUAACUACUCUGCUUAAAUUUUACUCACCCUUUACAUCCUGCAGGUGUGGAAGGCCGGUUCUGGUAUGUGAACAGUUCUGGUCUGGUAUGCUCAGACGGUGAGGUCCCUGAGGAUUUCUCUCUGGAGCUGCUGGAGCACGGUCGCCUCGCCAUCCGAGCCAAGAGCGGUAAAUACCUGCGAGGAGAUCAGGGAGGCACGCUGAAGGGAGAUGGACUCAGCCCAAGCAGCUCGGCCCUGUGGGAGUAUUAAACAUACUCCAAUAUUAGACACAACACCUUUGGAGCCAGCCGCCUUGUUUCAUCUAAACCUAAACUCUGCAGAAUUUUGAGGAUGAGGAAGCAAUCUUUGGAACCUUCAGUUUAAAAAAAUCUGCAACAUGAAAUUUAGACUUAUGCAAGGAGAGAAAGUGUGAGAAGAGGAUCUGAUGCAUAACCAGCCAAGACAAUUCUCCAUGAAGGAGCAGUAUUUCUAG